AUGACUACUCAGAUCACACACUCCGAUCCCGAAGUCCGCUGGUACAUAAUCCAUGCCUACUCAGGCCAGGAGAAGCGUGUCCAGGUCAAUCUUGAACAGCGCAUCAAGACCAUGGAUAUGCAGGACAAGAUCCUACAAGUGGUCGUGCCUACAGAGGACGAGAUAGAGAUCAAGGGAGGUCAACGCAAGGCCGUUGCUCGCACGAUCUUUCCCGGCUACAUUCUCGUGCAGAUGCGAAUGGAUGACCAGAGCUGGUUCGUCGUGCGAAAUACGCCGGGAGUCACCGGAUUCGUGUCGGCCGAGGACGAGAGCGAGAAUCGUCCCAAGCCCGUCCCAUUGGAGGAGCGGGAGGUCGAGACAAUCCUGCGCCAGAUCGAGACGGACACACCGAGGCCUCGAAUCGGCCUUGAAAAAGGACAGAGUGUCCGCAUCACGGACGGCCCGUUCGUGGACUUCAUGGGCACAGUUGAUGAGGUUUCCCAAGAACGGGCGAAGGUCAAAGUGCUUGUCUCAUUCUUCGGACGCGAGACACCCGUCGAGUUGGACUUCCUGCAGGUCGAACGCGCCUAG